CGCUCCACUUUCGGGCUCGGAUGCGCACUUUGUGAGGAUAAAGAAGGAGGAAGAGGAGGAGGAGGAGGGUGUGGCUGGCCAGCGAGAGCUGAGGGCGCACGUGAGCGAGCUGUGGUGUGACGCGCAUGCUAAGAGAGUGAAAAUGCGCAAGCAUACACCUGCACGAGCAGCUGGAGAGGAAGCAGCGGGAGUGCCCGAUGGAAAGUGCCCCCCCCCCCCUUUCCUCUUUACUAGCGAGUCACGACCCCCCCGUUCGUCCCUUUACCUUCCUAAUGCGCACGGUUACGGUGCAGCACAGUAUGGGGAGGAGGAGGUGUGCUCAGAUCGACUGGACAGCGAUUUUGCCGACAUCGACCUCUCGCAGCUGGACACCAGCGACUUCGACAGCGUCAACUGUCUCGGCGAACUGCAGUGGUGCAGCGACCAGGCGGCCGGCGCCUCGCCCGCCUCCAUCCGAUACAGCACACCCGAUGAGCUCUUUGAGAUCGAAGAGGAGAACGCGGCACUGCUGGCCGCUCUGACCGACAGCCUGGACGGGAUGGUGGACGCCGAGGUGGGCGGCCUGUCCGUCUUCCCCGCCCUGGAGGAGGAAGAGCCCGAGCAGGACACGGAAGACCAGGACCAUCUCCGUCACCUUUCUGCCGGCACAAACCACUUCAAACGCUCACAGGACCCGGAGGACCCCUCUCUGUUGAAGAUCCUGCUGCUCACUCCGCCCAAUGUGCCUGCGGGUAAAGAUGGCGUCCACGGGCAUCGCCACAGCAACAGAGGAUUGCACCAGCGGACAGUCCGACCCCCGGUGAAGAUGGACACCUCUCAGAUGCGGAAGCCCCGCACUGUGCGUCCCGCAGGUCGCCUGUGCACCGAGCUCCACCGUCACCUCACCACCGCCCUGCGGGACGCCGUCGAGGCUCCGACGGCCGAGACGGAGGACGAUGAGGAGGACGAAGACGACGAGGACAGCGAGUCAGAGGAGGACGACGAUGAUGAAGAAGAAGAAGAAGAGUCGUCCGGUAGCGAGGUGGAGGGCAGGCAACACGAGGCCCCCGCCGAGCCGGCCAAGCCUCAGUUCACCUCGGAGAAAGAACUCCGCUCGAUAGUGGAUCUCAUCACCUACAUGCACACAUACUGCAUGCCCAUGCGUAAGCAACAGAGUCUGGACCGCAAGGACCCGCCCAGGCCUCGGGCUCGAGCCGACGUCGCCCGCCCGCCCGUUACAAACUCUCACAGUCGCGUGGUCCUGGUGGCUCCCCCGGCGAGUGCCAGGCCUGGGGCUGCCCCCCGGAGGCUUCCCUUCGUCAGGCGACGGGAGAUGAAGACCGACUCGCUUCUCCGUGAGCUCCUGCAACAAAGCAGCUCCUUCGACGUGCGCAAGCCUUACGGACCGCAUUGUCCGCCGUACACCCAAGCGGCCACGGGACCCCUGUCUUCCAACCGUCCGCCCGGCACCGGCGCUCCUAAACUGGAUCUCUGUAAGGACCAUUCCUCACCCGAGAGGAGACACUCCUCCUGCGAGUCGCCGCAAAGCCCCGCGGAGGACUGCGGGUCCUUCUCGGUCCGCCGCUCCCGGCGCCUGGCCUCCUUCCCGAGCCGCUUCGCCAAGAGAUCGCGUCCCGGGCGGCCCAGGGAGGGCGACAGCAAGGAAGGGGGGGGCGACGGGGACGAUGCGAGCAAGCUUUCGCCGACCCAAGCGGGGGGGCGGACCACGACGGAGGCAGGAACGCAAGGCGACGACGCCGCGAAGGCCGCUGAAACCUGCUGCCACAGCGGCGAGAUCGUGCCCGGAGGCUCGGCUUCAAUUUUUCAAGAGAAGCGAGCGUGCCUGUGUCUGCCUCUCGACGCCGGCAAAUCCACAAGAGAGUUCAGCGGCAAGACCUACGAGCAGACACUUUGCGUGGAUCUGUGCGGAACUGCAGGUCUGACGCCGCCCACCACACCACCUCACAAGCUGGUGGAGGACGACCUCUUCAAGCCAGGCGAGGCCAGAAAGGUCGGCGAAAGCUUUGGCGACAGCGAGGAGUCCGUCCACACAUCCGUCCACUCUUCAUCCGGCGGCGUCGGCGGACUCCGGGGCUCCUGGUUAAACCGCACGCACCAGCGUAAGCUUCCGGAGCAGACUGAGCUGUACGCCCAGCUGCGGCGCAUGGGUCAGGCCGGCGACGCCGACGCCCGCCGCGGCUUCGGCGACCACGACUACUGCGCGCUGAGCCUCGGCGAGACCCGCAAGCGCAGCAUCGCCGUGCUGGGCGCCAUGCUGCAGAGGGCCGGAGACCUCAACGCCGGCGACGCCGCGUCCGAAAACAGCGUCCGGUUCGACGUCGACGAGCCGGUGACGUCUUCGCCGCCGCCCGAUCGCCAGUCGGCAGCCGCCACGCCCCCCGCCUCGGAGGAAGAGGCGGAGCGCUCCGCGCCGUCACGCUCGCCCUCGCCGACCCUCCACGUCUGUCCCGACUCCCCCGCCAGCAAGGCCGACUCUAGUGAACAUUCAGAGAUGUGCCCAGACGACGAGCAGAGCGGCAAAGCCAAAUCCGAGGAGAACUGUCAGGUGUUCUACAUCCACAACCUCCCCAGCAGCAUGACCCAGAACACGUUGAGGAAGCGCUUUCAGGUCUUCGGCACGGCCGAGGACUGCAAAGUCAUCAUCUGUAACGAGGAGAGGUGCGGCGUCAUAAAGAUCCGCCAGUCUGGAACCCAGCGGCACCGGCGGGAACGUGAGAAUGUUUUCCAGACUGCACCGGCAGGAGGGAGGAGGCUGACGAGGAAGCGCUACAUUGACCUUGACGAGGCGGGCCCAGGGCCGGUCAAGAGCAAGUACGACGCGCUGGACUUCGACGCCCUCAUGAAGGAGGCCCAGAAGUCGCUGCACCACCGCUGACUGUCACGCUGCACCGGCCCCCGCGCCACGCCGCGACUGUCCCGCCUUAUUGAACACCGCGCCCCGCAGCAGCAGAACGAAGCGGUACACACCUCUCCAUGCAAAAUGUUUACAUUUUUAAAAGAAAACGUUGGGAGUGACGCAACAAUGAGAAUUUUUUUUUUUUUUUGGGGGGGGGGGGGGGCGGCACUUUGUAUUAGCCACUAGACUAGCCGCAAACGAUGCGUCCCACCGAGAGACCUCCGUAGCAAAUACUCGUGUGCGUGCGUUUGUUUGUGUCUCUCUGUGUGGGGGGGGGGGAAUGAAAACCCCUGGUGGCGGGCGGCGUCUCAUCGCUGUUAAAAACAAAAAAUAACGGGAGGAAAAAAAUGAUACCCGCUUUGUUGGAUGUUCUACAUGGAAAUGUGGUCUGUGUGCAAGAAUAUAUCGUUCAAUGUAAAAAGGUUGACAAAAGUUUACAAAAAUUAAUGUUUUUUUUUUGUAAUUGUAGUGCUUCCUUGAUUUGAUCUAUGCACCAUUGGGAGGUAUUUUCUGCUUUAACCGCUGUCACCGUCACCGCUAAAUUCCCAAAUCCCGCUUCCUACCGAGGCGCCCCCUACUGGCUCGCGUUUGUUCACCGACGUGGCGACACCCUGAAUGCGAUGUGGGGAUGUUUCACCAGAAGCGUAAAACGCUAACGUUAGCUUCAAUUGCGGUCAAUUGUUCGUUGUAUCCGGUUCUUGAGGGCUUUUAGCGUUAGCUUUAGCCAAUAAGCCCACAACGCACCGCUAUUGUAGGUAUACCUUAAGGCUUUAGCAUGACCAUAACACAGCAGAAGCAGGAAUCGGGUAUUUAAGAGUAAGAUACAAGUUUGUUAAUGUGGGAUUCAUCUUUUGUGUCAAACAUACUUAAAUAUGAACCUAAUAUCAUGACGAAGUCAAGCAAGACGCCGCGCGGCCAUGCGACGACGACACCGAACGCCCGCGUUUCCAAGUAUUGAUGUUAGCUAGCUAGCAAGAUCACGGUCUGCCCUUACAUACUUGAAGGCCUCCUUAUACUUCUCUCGCUCACCCGCACAACUCGCGCGCAGUUUUGAAAAUGUUCUGCCAUUGUUCUCCGAGUCUGAGGUGUCGCUAACAGCUCGUAAUGCUUAGGACGACAGCGGAGUUUCCGCAGCACACUUUGCUCGUUUCCGGAAGUUGUUUUUACUUUACUUAUCGUAACCACCUUUGGGGUUUUUGUGCACAAAAAAAAAAAAAAAAAAGAAGACUGGAUACAUCGAGCGGCAUGUCAAUUGGUUAAAGCCAGUUGGCCGCCAUCUUGGUACUCCCAAAACUUGUGGAAGAAAUGGUUUACAGGUUGGAUUAUGGCGGGGUUUUUUUCCUCAAAGUUUGGCAGGUAGAAUUAAAACUGGUCGUGUGAGCUUGACACUUUCUUGGUUCUGGUAACAUGAAGGAUUUUUAAUUGGAUAAUAAUUCAGUAAGCUAAAAAAGGCUAAGUGCAAAGGAAAGACAUAGAACCCCGUGACUAGCAACAAACCUUGCAUAUUACCAAGGGCCACAUUUCUGUGACGUUAUCUUUUCCCAAAAUACGCUGUGAAGCACUAUGAUCGUAACAUAGCAAAAAAAUAUAAGCAUUUUUUUGUCAUAAAAACAUGAAAUUUUAAGGCAAUCUGUUACAUAUAUUUUUGGAAACCUGGGAAAAUACAUGCUAAAUGCAUUGUUCAUUUGUUGUUUCCUCGCAUUUGAUAAUCAAAUUCAAUUUGCAGAGUUCUGCAUUAUGAAAUUCAUCAAAAACUUUCUUGGUUAUCCACUGAUGAAGUUUGGGAAAAUAUUGACGUUGCUUUUUCGCGAAAAACCGUCAGCCUAUAAAAGUGAAGCAGAGAGUGAACAACAACAACAA